AAGACACAUAUCGGCAUACAUAUUUAUACUACACACAUGAAUACAUACAGAUAAAACACACACACACACAAACACACACACUCUGUUGUGGUCAUUGUUAAACUUUCUCUCUCUAUAUAUAUAUUCCCUCUCUCUACAUUUGCGAGUCACAGAUUCUUUCUGAUGUUUGUCAGAUAGAAUCAUGACAUCAUCGCUCAGACUCCUCCCACCUGGGAAGGACAAAGAAAAGAAGAACCUCCCCCUUGCUGUUGUCGUCAUGCCGUUCAUCGCAUGUCUGUCCGAACACAAAAGAACAAAGUGCAGAAGAAGAGCUGAGAGCUGCUGAUGGCUGACUGACAGGAAGAAGAUUUAAACCUCACUAACUGAUUUGUCCAGUAGAGUAACUCGACCGCAAGGUCACAUGGUCCACACGCUUCCACCAGCAGGCUCCGCCCUGCAGCAGAACGUACAACUGGUUCUGAUGGUCCAGGAGGUCCUGAUAGUUCUGAUGGUCCUGAUGGAUCAGAUGGUUCUGAUGGAUCAGAUGGUGCAGAUUGUCCAGAUGGUUCUGAUGGUCCAGAUGGUCCAGACGGUUCUGAUGGAUCAGAUGGCCCUAAUGGCUCUGAUGGUUCUGAUGGUUCAGAUGAUUCUGAUGGUCCAGAUGGUCCAGACAGUUCUGAUGGAUCAGAUGGUCCUUAUGGCUCUGAUGGUUCUGAUGGUUCAGAUGAUUCUGAUGGUCCAGAUGGUCCAGACGGUUCUGAUGGAUCAGAUGGUCCUGAUGGCUCUGAUGGUUCUGAUGGUCCAGAUGUCCCUGAUGGAUUUGAUGGUCCAGACGGUUCUGAUGGUCCUGAUGGCUCUGAUGGUUCUGAUGGUCCAGAUGUCCCUGAUGGAUCUGAUGGUCGAGACGGUUCUGAUGGAUCAGAUGGUUCUGAUGGUCCAGACGGUUCUGAUUGAUCAGAUGGUCCUGUUGGCACUGAUGGUUCUGAUGGUCCAGAUGUCCCUGCUGGAUCUGAUGGUCCAGACGGUUCUGAUGGUCCUGAUGGAUCAGAUGGUUCUGAUGGUCCUGAUGGUUCUGAUGGUUCUGAUGGUCCAGAUGUCCCUGAUGGAUCUGAUGGUCCAGAUGUCCCUGAUGGAUCUGAUGGUCCAGAUGGUUCUGAUGGUCCUGAUGGUUCUGAUGGUCCAGAUGUCCCUGAUGAAUCUGAUGGUCCAGACGGUUCUGAUGGUCCUGAUGGAUCAGGUGGUUCUGAUGGUCCUGAUGGUUCUGAUGGCCCAGAUGUCCCUGAUGGAUCUGAUGGUCCAGACGGUUCUGAUGGUCCUGAUGGAUCUGAUGGUCCUAAUGGUUCUGAUGGUCCAGAUGUCCCUGAUGGAUCUGAUGCUCCAGAUGGUCCAGACAGUUCUGAUGGUCCUGAUGGAUCUGAUGGUCCAGAUGAAUCUGAUGGUCCAGACGGAUCAGAUGAUUCUGAUGGUCCAGACGGUUCUGAUGGUCCAGACGGUUCUGAUGGUCCUGAUGGAUCAGGUGGUUCUGAUGGUCCUGAUGGUUCUGAUGGCCCAGAUGUCCCUGAUGGAUCUGAUGGUCCAGACGGUUCUGAUGGUCCUGAUGGAUCUGAUGGUCCUAAUGGUUCUGAUGGUCCAGAUGUCCCUGAUGGAUCUGAUGCUCCAGAUGGUCCAGACAGUUCUGAUGGUCCUGAUGGAUCUGAUGGUCCAGAUGAAUCUGAUGGUCCAGACGGAUCAGAUGAUUCUGAUGGUCCAGACGGUUCUGAUGGUCCAGAUGGAUCAGAUGGUUCUGAUGGUCCAGAGGGUUCUGAUGAUCCAGAGGGUCCAGAUGGUUCUGAUGGUCCAGAUGGUUCUGUUGGUCCAGAGGGUCCAGAUGGUCCUGAUGGUCCAGAUGGUUCAGAUGAGAGAGACUUGUACUUCACGAUGAUGUGGAUUUAAUCUGUGACUGACGCCUGUCUCAGGCUCCGCCCACACUGACACCUGGCAACACACACGACACGUUACCACUCAGGUUUAAACAGGAAGUAGAUUGUCUCUGGUGAAAAGUCAGAGCAGCAACUGUUACUGACAGGAAGUGUUUGUGACGUUGAGUCGUGACUGAUGAGAACCAAUCAGAAGACAACAUGGUGAUGUCAUCGUCUACAAACUAAAACACUGACAUGGGACCAGCAGCGCCUUUAUCCACAAGAAAAAACUCUGCCAGGCGUAACCAUAGCAACAAGUGAUGAGAUAUAAAAUAAAAAACGUGUCAGUUUGGGCAGAGCCUAGCUGAAGACGACUGUACAUAUUUAACUUUACGACUUUAGAUGUAAAAUAUGUGUUUGUAACAUCGAUGCUUUGAUAUUUGAUUUACAGUCUCCUCCUCUCGGGCUGGAUUCAGAAAGUUCUUCUUCACCUCAGUGGAAAAGGUCAUGAGGUCAAAGGUGUGAAGGAGGAUUCACAGGACUGUCGCCAUGUGACAGCGAUAUUUAAUGUGACACGUCAUGAAAAAACUAUAAACAAACUAUAAACUGUAAAUUAUUCAAUCAGAAGUAGAAGAAGAAGAAGAGUAUGAAUAUGAACCAUUUAGAUGUGAUGUCACGGUUGUCAUGGUGAUAAAUAUGAGUGACAGGUUAUGUCGUCUACAAGAUGUUUUUGUCGUUCGUCUGCAGAAAUGUGUAGUUUCACCGCGACCGUCACACGAUGACGUGGUUUCGUGUCGGUGGAGUCCUGUGAAUCCUCCUUUAACCUUUGGCAUUGUGACCUUUUCCACUGACGUCGAGGACAAGACGACAGGAAGGACGAUCUGACUCCAGCCUCCUCCUGCAGUGAUUGGAUCAGACAGCUGGUGGCACUGCAACAGCUGUUUGUGAAGAUGAAACUAAUGUUUAGAUUAACGUUGUUCCAGCUGCAGAUGUGUACAGAUGUUUGCCGGUUUCCUUCCUGUCUGACGUCCUCAGAGCUUUAGUGUUUGAGCGCCCCCCGCUGUUCACCUGGAUGCUAACCUCUGUGUUGGGUUUGUUAACACUCAUUGGACGUGCAAAUAAAAAAGAACAAAGUCAGCCAUGA